GGCGCAGGAUUCGAGAUGGGCGACACCGACUAAAAUAUACUAAAUGAAGAUAUUUCUACGGAGAACCAAUAUAAUUGAUUGUAUAUAAGCCACAGAGAAGAUUAGAAGAAAAGGAUCCAGACAAUAGACAAUAUAAUAGUCUAAAACCCUAUAAAAAGAAGAAAAGAAGGUGAAGAGAUGGGCGACGCCGAGGCCAUCAUCCUGCAGACUGUAGGUCAAGUCCGCGAAGAGAGCAAGAAGUGUGGCUUUACUGUGCUGAAUCAUAUCGGAGAUGAACAUUUACGAAAGAAGUACAUGGCUGAGCUUGAAGAAGUUAUGGUAAGUUGUGCAGUAGCAGAAUAUAAAGUAAAGAUUGCACGACAGGCCGCAAGGAAUGCAAAAUCUUUGGAUGGCUCAGAAGCAGCAGAGACGGAGGAUGUUGGCGAGCUCUUUGACCAGUGUCUGAGGAGUUUGGAAGAUGAUACUGAUCAGCAGGAAAUAGUCAAUAAUGACUCCAGUGUAAAAAAUUUCAGAACAUUGUUGCAGAAUGAGGAAUCAGGUGAUAAUGACAAUGACAAUGAAGAUGGUGACCUGAUUGUUACACAGCAAGAAGUAAACCUCAUUGAUCCAAUCAGCAUGAAAAGAAUGACAGAUCCUGUGCGGAACAAAAUUUGCGGCCAUGUCUACGAGAGAUCCUCGGUUGUCAAUAUGAUUAAGCAAAACAGACGGAAAGGGUUUUGCUGUCCGAACGUAGGCUGUGAAAACAGAGAGCGUCUCAAGAUGGACGACUUAGAAGACGCAAUGGACGUGAAGAGGGAAAUUGUUAGAAGAAAGGAGUAACGGACAAAAGCCUAUUUGUUCUCAGAAAUCACCAUUUGUUUGUAAUUUAGGAUUUUGAUGAUUUUCCUCUUUAUUGAAUUUAAGGAAUUUUAAACACUUCAUAGGUAGAUAUAACAUGUAAACAACAGGAAUAUUUGUAUUAAGAUUUGGAUAAAUAAAAUGUAUAUGAAAUUAUGA